AUGAAUAAUUAUAAAAAUAUACCUGCACCAGAUUGGAAAAAUGAACAAGUAUCUAGUUGGUUAGACGCAAUUGGAUAUUCAGAAUUGAUUCCAACAUUUAGAGAUUUAAAGGUUGAUGGCAGAAAAUUAUUAAUAGAAGAAUUAAAAUUUAGUUGUGUAAAUAAAAAAAAUUUUAAUCAACUCCUUUCUCAAUUAAAAGAGCAAUCACACCAAUAUAUAUUUCAACAAAAACCAAUAAAAUCAAUACAACAACAAAAAAAAUCAAAUAAUAAUUCCGAUGAUAAUGAAAUGAGUAGUUUGGGUGGUUUUGUAUAUAAACCAGCAAUUAACAAUAACAAUAAUAAUAAUAAUAAUAAUAAUAAUAAUAAUAAAAAAAGAAAUAAUAAAGAUAGAAAUAAUAAGGAUAGAAAUAACAAUACUUUUGAAGAAGAUACUGAAACAAGUUACCAAAAUAAUUAUAAAAAUGAUUUUGAUCCAGGAAUGAUGGAUGGUUUUAUUGGGUUAAAGAGUGUAUAUGAUGAAUUAAAAUCAAGUAAAAAGAAUAGUAAAAUUUUAAUUGAAAGAAUUGAACAAAACAAAACAUCAUUUUCAAUGAUUUUUUCAAAGACCAAUUUAACCAAUCAAAUCAUUGAGUGGAUUAUAGAGAUCUUUUCACACAAGUCAGUAUUGGAGAAAUUAGAUCACCCAUUACAAAUGGAAUUCUAUGGUAAAAUUAUGAAAUCAGCAUUAGUUUCCCAUAAUUCAAAUCUUCAGAAUUACUUUAAAUCAAAAUAUGAUCAUCCAAUUCAAUUGUUUGAAAGGGCCGUUAAAAUAUUUGAAAAGAUUUCAGAUUUAUUCGAUAUUGAUUCAGUAGAAUAUACAUUUAAGUUGGUUGAUACCUUAAAAAACUCAUUCACAAGUUUAAUUAGUAAUUAUAAUAACUAUAAUAUUAAUGAUAUUAUAAAGAAAAAGAAACCAACCAAUAAUAAUCAAAAUCAACAUGUUCAAGAAGAUGAAGAAAAUGAAAAAGAAAAAGAAAAACAAAAAAAAAAAAUCAAUUAUAUUAAUCAAUUUUUCGAUAGAUAUAAGAAACUAUUCGAUGAAUCAAAUACACCAAAAUGUUAUAAAAAAUUAUCAAUCGUACCAGAACCAGGUGAAUUAAAAAGAAGAUUAGAUGAAAACAAAUUAAAUAAAAUUAAAAAAGGUCGUUAUAGUUCACCAUAUGAAUAUUUAGAAACUCAUUUUCGUUUAAUUAGAGAAGAUAUUAUUAAUCCAUUUCGUACUGCUUUACAAUCUUUUAAUAAAGGUGAAAUUGGUCCAAAUUUAUAUACAAAUGUUAGAGUUAGAGGUUUAACAACAUCAGGAUUUAAAAUUGGUUAUGAAUUUACAUUUGAUUAUCAUCAUAAUAUUGAUUGGGAAACAUUUCCAAAAUUAUUAAAUGGAUCAUUAGUAGCAUUAAGUUGUGAUAAUUUUCAAACGGUACAUUUUAUGAUUGUUUCAGAGAGAGAAGAAAAAGGUGGUCAUAAAAAGGUUGGUUUAUCACCAUAUCAACAGCCAAGUGUAAACGAUAUAAAUUUGGGCAAUUCAAAUAGUAAUGGUUUAAAAUUUAAUAAGGAAUUUUUUGAUAAUAUUUAUGUUAUGAUUGAAUCACCAUCCUUUUUUAUAUCCUAUGAAAAUAUUUUAUUAUCAUUGCAAAGAAUUGAUGAGGAUAAUUUACCAUUCAAGGAUACAUUGGUUUAUUGUAAUAGAAAGGAGACUGAGACACCACCACAAUAUAUUAAGGAUAAUCCAGUGUUUGAUUUUAAAAAGAUAUUCAAUGAUGAAAUUGAACUUUCAAACAAAGGUGAUGAUCCAUCUCAAGUUGAUAUAAUAAAAGAUGGUUUUCCAACUCAAUUGGGUCAAUUAGAUCCUUCACAAAUGGUAGCGCUUGAACAAACACUUGGUUCAUCGUUAAGUUUAAUUCAAGGUCCACCAGGUACUGGUAAGUCUUUUAUAGGUAAAAAGUUGUUUCAUAUAAUACAUAACAAAAUGAAAGAGGAUUUCGGUAGAUCAGAGGCUAGUCCGAUUCUAGUGCUUAGUCAUACCAAUCAUGCCUUGGAUCAGUUUACAAGUGGUCUAUUACCAAUUACAAAGAAUAUUAUUAGAGUUGGUACAAGAUCAAAAGAUCCAGCAUUAAAAGAUUACACAAUGAAAGCCAAAAUUAAAUAUGGUGGACUUUCUCAUGAAGGCUAUAGAAAGAUCUCUGAAAUCACAAUGCAACUUAGAGAUUCAUUAAAAAGAUUAGUUGAACCAUUUGGAUUUGAAGAUUUACAAUUAGUUACCAAUGAUGAAGAAGAUUAUGAAUCAGCAUUUGAACAUGAGAAACAAUACCAACUUUGGAUUAAUCCAAUUAGAGGUGAAAUUGAAAAUAUUAAAAAGGAAUUGAAAGAAGAGAAUCAUUUCGAGAAUGCAUUAUCUCAUCAAUCAAAUUAUAAACUUAAAAGACCAGAGAAAAGGGUAAUUAAAUUUUCAGAGGAUCAAGAAUUAGAACAAUCAGAGGAUGAUAUAUUUAUCAAUGAUUCAAUUGAUAUCGAUAAUGAAAACAAUUAUAAAAUCGAUAAGGAUAUUCUUAGAAAUCAACUAUUGGAAAGAAAAAAAGAGAUGAAAACAUUUGAAAGUAAAGGUGAUUUCUCCUUCUCAAAGAAUAAAAGAAAUCAACCAAAGAAAUAUUUCAAUGAAAUUGGUAAUUGUUUGAAAUUUUUAGAAUAUAAUGAUGUACCAAUGAGAGGUGAAAGAAAAAAGAAUAUAAAGAAAAUUAACUCACUUGGAGAAAAAGAAAAAAUUAAACUCUAUAGAUAUUGGUGUAAAAUUAAAGUUGAAAAAUGUUUAGAGUUAAUUGAGAAACUUUUUGAAGAAUUUCAUAUUCAAACUCAAAAUAUUAAAAAAGCAGUCUCUGAUGAUCAAAGAGAACUCUUGCAAGGUGCUGAAGUUAUCUCUGCCACUAUCACUGGUGCUUCAAGAAUGAAACAAUUGUUUGAAUCAUUAAAGAUUAAAGUUUUGAUUAUUGAAGAAUGUGCAUUGACAUUGGAGGGUCAAAUCACUGCUUGUUUACCAUCAAGUAUUCAACAUUGUAUUUUAAUUGGUGAUCAUAAACAAUUGAAACCAAUUUGUACUGAUCAUACUUUGUUAACUAAAUUCAAUUUAAAUAUUUCAAUCUUUGAACGUAUUGUAGAGAAUAAAGGUAGAUGUUCAACAUUGGCAACUCAACGUAGAAUGGUACCAAGUAUUUCACAAUUUGUUGUACCAGUUUACCCAAAUUUACAAAAUCAUAGUAGUGUUGUUGAAAAAGAGAGAAUUAAUUCAGCCGAUGGUUAUAGAUCAAUUGUUCGUGGUGUUCUUUAUAAUGUCUAUUUCUUUGAUCAUUCUAAUAGGGAAAGCCGUGCUCAAGAACCACAUAUCAAUAGUAAAUCCAAUGCUUUUGAGGCUAGGUUAAUCACAAGCUUUGCAAAUUAUCUAUUGGAUCAAAAUUAUGAACCAGAGAGAAUUACAAUUUUAGCUCCAUACGCUGGUCAACUCUUGGAGAUAAAUGAUGCUAUCAAUGAAAAAAUGAAACAUUCUUCAAAUGUCCCACCUCAAGGUCAAACUCACCCACUACAACGUAUUUUAGUUAGAACUGUAGAUCAAUAUCAAGGUGAAGAGAAUGAUAUUAUCAUCAUUUCUUCGGUUAGAAAUAAUGAAAGAAAUGUCGCAGGUUUCCUUUCAUUAACAAAUCGUAUCAAUGUUAUGCUUUCAAGAGCGAGAGAAGGUUUAUUCAUUUUUGGUAAUAGAGAAUUACUUGAAAGAUCAAGAGAGGAUGCUGGAAUUUGGAAAAAUAUGUUUCCAAAACUUGAAGAAAAUAAUCAAGUCGGUAAAACUUUACCAUUGGUUUGUGAAAAUCAUAGAAAAGGUAUCACUCAUAUUCGUGAUGAAAAAGAUUUCAUUCAAUAUGCAAAAGAUGGUGGUUGUAGUAAGCCUUGUGCCUUUUUAUUGGAUUGUGGUCAUACUUGCUCAAAGAAAUGUCAUCCACUUCAAACUAAUCAUAAUUUCAAUUGUAACAAACCUUGUUUAAAACAAUUGGAUUGUGGUCAUCUUUGUCAAUUGGAAUGUUGUAAAAUUUGUCGUUGUGAGGUUGAUAUCGAUAAAACUCAUCCACGUUGUGGUCAUUCUGUUAAAACUCCUUGUUAUAGAGUAUUAAAUCCUUUUGAUAGAUGUUGUGAACCUUGUUCAAAAUUAAAUGAUAAAGGUCUAAAAUGUUUAAAAAAAUGUUCAGAUCUUUGUGAAUUCAAACCAUAUCAAACUAUUCAAUCAAAACCAACAAAUAAUAAUUAUUAUCAACAACAACAACACCAACAACAAUUAUAUCAACAACAACAACAACGACAACCACAACAACAACAAAAACAACAACAACAACAACCAAAUCAUUAUAAACCACCAGAGUUUUACCAACAACAACCAGAGUUUUUCAAACAACAAUUACAACAAUUAAGUUUACAACAUGAUCAACAAUUAGAACAGGAGUUAUUACAACAACCACAACCCUAUCACUCAUUUUCACAAUCACAACAAAAUAAACCAAAACCAGGUAAUAACAACAAUAAUAAUAAUCAUAAUAAUAAUAAUUAUAAUAAAAAUAAUAAUAAAAAUAAAAACAAUAAUAAAAAUAAUAACAAUGGUAAUAAGAAUGUAAAUAAUCAUAAUAAAAAUAAUAAUAAUAAUAAUAGAAACAAUAAUGUAGAUAAAUAUGGUUUUGGUGAUGAUUUUUUUGGUGAUCAAUCAACCUCUCAAUUUCAUUCUUCAACUGAUGAUUUAGAAAUUCAAGUAGUUGGUGGUUUUUCAUAUGUUCCAGGUUCAUUUUCUGAUAAUAAUAAUAAUAGUAGUAAUAGUCAUAAAAAGAACAACCGUAAUGGAUAUAAAUAA